UUUAUAACAUUAAUUCAAAUUAUGGCUGCAGAGGAGGGUUUUGAACAGUUCGAAGAUGAAGAGGCUGAAAUUCCGAUCGGUGGGACAUUACCUGGUGGUAGGAAACGUUUAUUUUCGAAGGAAUUACGCUGUAUGAUGUAUGGUUUUGGUGAUGAUCAAAAUCCUUACACAGAAAGUGUGGAUUUAUUAGAAGAUCUUGUUAUUGAAUUCAUUACCGAAAUGACACACAGAGCUAUGGAAAUUGGCCGUACUGGUCGUGUCCAAGUAGAGGAUAUUGUAUUUUUAGUUAGAAAAGAUCCAAGAAAAUAUGCAAGAGUAAAAGAUCUCCUGACAAUGAAUGAAGAACUAAAGAAAGCUAGAAAAGCAUUCGAUGAAGUUAAAUAUGCAGAAUAACAUCAGAGACACCUACACCGUGGUAUGAAGAGCCACACAGCCCUAAAGGAAUUUUAUGCUCAGAG